CAUACCAAAUAAGAGCAUUUCAAGUUUUGAGUCAAUUUCAUAGUGAUAGUACUUGCAUACUCCCAUUCUCGAAUAAUAGUGUUAACCAAGGAUUUUACGAGGAAUCACCAUCUUUCUUUUUAUCUUUUUUACCAGCUGUGGAAAAUUUAGCAAAUACUUUCUACUAG